CAACUUCUCAAAAUAAACAAGCAACUUCUCAAAAUAAACAAACAACUUCUUCUCAAAAUAAACAAGCAUCUUCCUCUCAAGAUAAAAAUUUAGCAGACGAAAUUCAAAAUAAUAGAUUGAAUAACCAAAUUGAUAUACAAGAUAUACAAGAUAUACAAAAUAGUCAAGAUGAGCGCUUGUUACUUGAAAAUGAUUCAGAUAAUAAUAUAUCUGAUUUACAACCUGUUAACGAUACUACUAAAAAUAAUAAAUUAGACAAGUCAAAGAGUUCCGAUUCAAAUUCUCAUUAUUUACCUCAACAAACUUCAACAUCUUCAUCAAGCAAAUACUUUUUAAAUAAUUAUGAAGAUGAUGAUUUGUCAAACUCUGAAAGCGAAUCUUCAAUUUCUAAUAAUACUUCAAAAGUAUUAUCUAGUUCUAAAUAUUUACAAAAUAAUAGAUUUGAUUCAAAUACUUCGAGAUCAAUUAAUAUUAGAAACUCAAUAACAAAAUCGAAUCAUAUAGAAUAUUCAACUGAUAAUACUCAUAAUAAAAUAUUGGAUACUAUACUUGCUAAUCAAAUGAAUUUAAAAACAUUAUUGCAUCUUAAUGAAGAAAUUAAAUCAACAAUUCCUUCAUCUCGGACUCAAUGGGUUGAGCCCUAUUGGAAAUAUAUUAUUAACGAUAUUUUCCCAGAUUUUAAAUAUCCUUCAGAUGAAACAAUUAAAUCUGCAGCUUUACGGAAAUAUUUGAGAAAAGGUCAAGGUAGACAAUAG